GUCUUCUUCUAAAGCGGCUUCAGGAGGCGCGGGCCUACAGCGCGAUCGGUCCCGGAAGUGACGUCUCCCAUUGGGGCCGGAAGUGGCAGUGGAGGGAGGGAAGAUGGCGGAGGUGGGGGAGAUAAUCGAGGGCUGCCGCCUGCCCGUGCUUCGGCGGAACCAGGACAACGAAGAUGAGUGGCCCUUGGCCGAGAUCCUGAGUGUGAAGGACAUCAGUGGCCGCAAGCUUUUCUACGUUCAUUAUAUUGACUUCAACAAACGCCUGGAUGAAUGGGUGACCCACGAGCGGCUGGACCUAAAGAAGAUCCAGUUCCCCAAGAAAGAGGCCAAGACCCCCACCAAGAACGGACUUCCUGGGUCCCGCCCCGGCUCUCCAGAGAGAGAGGUGCCGGCCUCCGCCCAGGCCAGCGGGAAGACCUUGCCAAUCCCGGUCCAGAUCACACUCCGCUUCAACCUGCCCAAGGAGCGGGAGGCCAUUCCCGGUGGCGAGCCUGACCAGCCGCUCUCCUCCAGCUCCUGCCUGCAGCCCAACCACCGCUCAACGAAACGGAAGGUGGAGGUGGUUUCACCAGCAACUCCAGUGCCCAGCGAGACAGCGCCAGCCUCAGUUUUUCCUCAGAAUGGAUCCGCCCGUAGGGCAGUGGCAGCUCAGCCGGGACGGAAGCGAAAAUCAAAUUGCUUGGGCACUGAUGAGGACUCCCAGGACAGCUCAGAUGGAAUACCGUCGGCUCCACGCAUGACUGGCAGCUUGGUGUCUGACCGCAGCCACGACGACAUCGUUACCCGGAUGAAGAACAUCGAGUGUAUCGAGCUGGGCCGGCACCGCCUGAAGCCGUGGUACUUCUCCCCGUACCCACAGGAGCUGACCACAUUGCCCGUCCUCUACCUCUGCGAGUUCUGCCUCAAAUACGGCCGUAGCCUGAAGUGUCUGCAGCGUCACUUGACCAAGUGUGACCUGCGACAUCCUCCGGGCAAUGAGAUUUACCGCAAGGGCACCAUCUCUUUCUUUGAGAUUGAUGGACGUAAGAACAAGAGUUAUUCCCAGAACCUGUGUCUCCUGGCCAAGUGUUUUCUCGACCAUAAGACAUUGUACUAUGACACAGAUCCCUUCCUCUUCUAUGUCAUGACGGAGUAUGACUGUAAGGGCUUCCACAUCGUGGGCUACUUCUCCAAGGAAAAGGAAUCCACGGAAGACUACAACGUGGCCUGCAUCCUGACCCUGCCUCCCUACCAGCGCCGGGGCUACGGCAAGCUGCUGAUCGAGUUCAUUCUCCCCAGCAGGAGCAGACCGGUGCACCACAAGCACCCAUUCCAGGCAGUUCUUGAGGACAGGUGGAAGUUCACUGGGGAGGGGCCAGGAGUUCCCUGCAGCCAAGGAGGUGGUGAGUGUGGCCUCCAGUUGAUCAGGACUCCACAUGCACUGGUGGGCCCAGCAAAGUUGAGUAGAAACCUGGAUUCGGCCCUGUUCCCUUCUGUUGCUGCCUUUCUCUAAAGAACCGGCCUCUCUGUCCUUCCCUCCACCAGGCUGCUGGUGGAAGUCACAGAAGAUUGGACAAGAGGGUAAGACUGGCAGAUAAAGAUAGGGAGGAGUGGGGCAGAAAGGGCCAUGGCCCAACAUAGUUGAUGACUGAGGGCGAAGGGCUUUUACAAGUAAUGGGGACGCCCCAGACCCUGAGGAAGAAGGAGAAUGAAGAUUCUGCCAGGAGACCUGAAGCCACACAGGCUUUUGCAGCAGCUGAGGGGCUCGCUGGAAACUGUCUGCCAGUACCCAGUAGUCAGCAGGGUAGAGGAGGACAGAGCAGUCAGAGGGGGGAGGGGAGGAGGGAGUCCCUGGAGAGAUCAGGUUACCUGCUGAAGAAUGACCUGACCUGGGGGGUGCAUUGGCGCUGCUCUCCUUGCUUUACCUCCUUUCUUUUUUUUUUAAUGUUUAUUUUUGAGAGAGAGAGAGAGAGAGAGAGAACACGCGUGUGUGCCACGUGCCGUGCACACACUGGGGAGGGGCAGAGAGAGGGAAGGAGGAUCCAAAGCAGGUUCCAUGCUGACGGGAGAGUGCUUGAUAUGGGGCUCAGACCGGCAAACCGCGAGAUCAUGACCCAACCCGAAGUCAGACGUUCAACCAACCAAGCCACCCAGGCACCUCUCUCCUUGCUUCGUGUCAGCACCUAGCUAGGCCUAACCUGGUCCUGGAGCACUGAUGGCCCUCAGGUAGCAACUAGGGGGGCUGAUUUGACUAUAAAUCCAAGGACCCUCAGGCCUAGACGAGAGGCGGGGUCUGCCUUCCCUCCUCACAUACCCCAGCAGAGAGAGUCUGGAAUGAUGAAAAUCAGAGGCACUUUCUUUUCCUAAGACAUUUUCUCUGCAUUCCCCGCCCCCUGCUCUGCCUAUAAGCCCUCACUGGCUCCUGAGUAUCCCUCCUAGUUGACUGUGGCUUCUACCCUAGGUCCCGCCACAGCAGAGUGUCAAGAGUGAAUGCUCAUUAGUUCUUUACGGGGAAACUGAGACACCACAGACAAGCCCCUUAUGCCAGGUCACAGAACGACCACCUGGCAGGGCCAAGAUGGGGCCCCGGCAGUCUACUUCCAUAACCCACGCUCUGAAACACUGGUCGCACAAAGCUGUGACCGCUUACGCACCCCUUCCUGCUCUGUUG